AAGUGAAACAUAAUCCAUGAAAAUGAAAACAACGGAGUGUCAUUGUCGAAAUCUUAAGUUACUGAAUGUUAUUAUGUUACAUGAUUGUUAAUUGAAAACCAUGUUUUUCAUUUGAGUCAACAUAAUGUCGAGUCAAAUGUCUGCGAUGCGAUUCGCAGACUAUUUCGUUGUGUGUGGACUGGAUACAACCACGGGGUUAGAACCAGAUCAGUUGGCAGGAGAUAACUUACAGUGUCCACCUCUUGACCGUCCGUUUAAAUCAAAAGUAUUACAACAUGUUCCAGACAACGUUCCAUGGAAUCCAUUUGAUAAUGCAGCAGUCGGAAUGCUCUGCAUGCCACAAGGCCUCAGCUUUUGCACCCAGAGGGAAUCAAAACGAGCAAGAUUUCACUCCUUUUUGAUAACGAAGGAAGAUGGAUCUCGAAUAUUUGGAUCGGCCUUGACCUUUUAUGAAGAGGUCAGGGACAGAAAGAUAUGCGCUGCCAUGCAGACCCUGCAACACAUGUACCGAGCACAACCAGAAGAAGAAGUCGAGGAAGAGAACCAGUCAACUCUACAACUACGGCACAGUCCAAAAGUCACUAAAAGAUCUAGUCCCAGACAGAGCAUAAAAGUCUUUGAUUCACAAACUGACACGCUUUUUGUAACCAAGUGUCUCUGUCUCAUUACCCAGUAUCCAUUUGUUACGGCCCUUAGGGAAUAUCUAAAACAGCUGUAUGAAGCUGUAGAGAAACCAUCUAAGUCACAUCUGCCGUUAGAGAGCUAUAUUUAUAACAUUCUGACAGAAGUCCCUCUCCCACCCCCAGGACGAAGCAUGAAGUUUUAUGGUGUCUCCAGGGCGGUCUUUACCCAGAGACCAAGUGUGAGUGAGCUCCCUUUGUUUGACUUCUCUCUGUGGGACCUGUGUCGAUACCUAGAAGUUAAAGAUCUGAUUCUUCUCUUCACCAGUGUUCUCCUAGAGCAUCAAAUUCUUCUGUAUUCAUCUGACUACCACAGACUUAUGACAGUGGCAGAGUGUAUCAAUGUACUAACCUUCCCUUUCACCUGGCAACAUGUCUACGUCCCUAUAUUACCCGCCUCUCUCACUCACUUUUUGGAUGCCCCUGUACCAUUCAUUAUGGGAUUGCAUCAUGGCAGAGAAAAAAGAUCUGAGCUAGCUCUGCCAAGCGAGGCUAAUAUGUGCUUUGUGGACAUUGAUGAGAAAACUGUAGACAUACCAGAAGAUUUACCUCCCUUUCCACACCACCAGGAACUCAAAGAGGAACUUGUAAGGGCAAUCAAUCUAUACAAAGUUUCUCUGGGUAGGGAUAGCAGCAAAACCCCCAGUCCCAAAAAGACUGGCAGCAACAAAGAAGAAACCUCCAUAACCCGCAACGAAAGCUGGGUUGACAUGCCAGAAAAAAUGGAAAUAUUAAAGCAAAGUGAAGCUUUUGCAAAAAUAUCAGCCAUUGCAAAGAAAACUGGUGUAUGGACCUCCAUCGAAGAAUUUUCUGACAAGUCCGAAAAAGAAAAAGACGUAGAAGUGAAAGAUUCCUCUUCCAUGGGUCAGAGACAAAUAGACCAUUUGAAGUUCAACAACAUGAUCAGAGAGAUAUUUCUCAACCAUUUCCUGCAUUUAUUCAGCUCCUAUGAGAAAUUUGUCAUCCAACCUACUCAGGACAUGGACUCAUGGUUGACGAACCGAGAAACCAUGCAGAAUUUUGACAAGGCUGCCUUCCUAAGUGACCAGCCAGAGGGUUAUCUCCCUUUCAUGUCCUCGUUUACAGAAACCCAGAUGUUUGCCACACUGAUAGAUAACAAGAUUUUAUCUCACUUUGAGGAGACGGAGCCGGGUUUACGAGUGUUUGAUUCCAGGUUAAAGAUUCUCAGGGAGAGAUUGGGAGAACAUAUAACUCACACUUACGGCCCAUGUACUACUGUUGAAGAUACAGAAAACAUGCUGGAGAAGAGAGUGGUCUACAUUGAUGUGGUCUCCCCGAAGCCUCACACCCUGGAAAACCUCACUAGUCCUGCCUCCAUUGAGAUGGGCUUCUUCCCCGAGAUUCAAAAGGAUGUCAUGAAUGUCCAGAUUAGUCAACAGUCAAUAAAAAGGGAAGGUGCUAUGUUGAGAAAAAGGGACAAAGCUUUCCAACAUUCUGAACACAUACAGCUGACAUCAGAACAGAGAGAGAAGUACAUCCAGGAUGCCCGACUAAAGCAUGUCAGACAACCCAAACUGACCGACAUGUCUGCAGCAGGAAUGAUGCAGACAAACUGGAAAUUUGUAGAGACACUGCUUCAGGAAAUUAAAAAUAAGACAAAGCGCAUGCUGGUGGAGAAAAUGGGACACGAAGCAAUAGAACUAGGUCACGGGGACGCCAAUAUUAACGGUGUGGAGGAGAACACCAUGAUAGCCAGUCUGUGUGACAUGUUAGAGAGAAUCUGGUCCCACGGCCUGCAGUCCAAAAAGGGAAAAUCUGCACUUUGGUCACACCUGUUAAGUUACCUGGAGCUCCAAGACUGUAACUAUGGUAACCAGUGCCUGGACAGCAAUAGAUUGGCCCCACCAGUCCCACGUAUACCUAUACGUAAGAGAACAAAAGUAGACUUAACAUCCAUUAGGUCAUUAUACUUUUGUCUGUGCAGCAAUCUGACUGUGAUGUCCCUGAGUCCAGAAGGCCUACAGGAUCAGCCUAGUCAUAUAAAGACACACCGUCGUAAGGGAAGCACUGGGAGGAUAGAGCUACCAACCCUCAACCCAUUACCUAACUCCCUGGCUUAUGACAUGAGAAAAGUUCAGCAGAUGGUGGAUAUCAGAACAGAUGUUGGCCACGCUCGAGCUUGGGUCAGACUUGCUCUUGAGAAAAAGAUGCUGGCAUCUCAUCUCAGGGAGCUUCUAUCUGAUGCAGAUUUACUCAGGAACUUGUACAAGAGAUAUGCCUUCCUGCGAUGUGAGGAUGAGAGAGAGCAGUUUUUGUUUCAUCUUCUUUCUCUGAAUGCUGUAGAUUACUUCUCAUAUACCAAUUCUUUUCUCAACACAGUGGUGCCAUACAAAGUGCUAAUUUUUCCUAGUCCUAAAUUUGGUUGUUCUACCACCAGUGCUAAUCCAUGGAUCAGCUUUGCUGGCCAGCACGGUGAGACAGGGGUCGUAGAAAUCCCUAAAGGUUGUCUGGAGUUUAAUGUAGAGCACAAGAACCUAGGGAUAUUGACAACUCUCCGUAUUGGACAUGACAACUCUGGUCUCACCCCACGCUGGCUUGUGGAAUAUGUUCUAGUCAGAAAUGAGUUAACAGGACAUCUUUACAAAUUCCAAUGUGGCAGAUGGCUGGGUAAAAUGGUGGAUGAUGGCAGUACAGAAAGAUUAUUAGUGGCCCAGCUUCUUCCUCAACACUCAGAUACUUAUGAUUUAGACUUGGCAGUUGCUUCCUCACCUACAAAUAAAGGAAUGUCCCCAAACUCACCCAAGAGGUCACCUGAUCAAGGAUCUUUAAGAAUUCCAGAGAUUCAGGAGAGACUAGGGCAUGCAGUUAAUAAUCUAGUCAAACACUUCUAUAAACCAGAAAAAGAGAGGGGGAAUUUGACCUACUUAUUGUGUGGGGACCAGGGCUUGGUUCAUUGUCUGGAGCUGGUAUUCCAGUACGGAUUCAGGUCAUCAAGAAUCUUUAGGAACAAAUUCUUCAUCUGGGACUACCUUGAAAAGGUAAAGCAGCAUUUUGAGAGUGUCUUGACCGGUGAAGUGCGACAAGCCAUCACAGAUGGAGCUAAGGCAGGCUACUGGAUUUACUGUAACUUCCUCAGUAAAAUCAACAAUGCCACCGAGUCUGUAGGAAAGGACGGCAAAUUUCAGAUAUUUGUCUGUGUGGGUAUAAGGGAUCAUCUGUUGCAGAAGUUACUUCCCCUGAUUGCCAACACCCCAGUGACAGCUCAGAUGUAUGAGGAGAACUCCUUCCUGAGGAAUUACAGCCACAUUAACUACUUAGUACACAUACUCAGUACACUGGAGGAGUUCCAGAUCACCCUAGAGUCCUCCCUUCUCCGCGGAUUAGAUAUAUGAGAAAGAAAAUGGGGGAAUGGGGGGGGGGGGGGUAAAAAAGUUCUACCCACCAAUAUUUAUACAUCUUAUAUUCCAAUUAGUUUUGAAUUCCCAUUAAUUUCUUCCUAGGAUUUACGACAGCAAAACCUGUGAUUAUUUUGUUUUAUCUUCUUUUUUUUUCUUCCUUGUGUAAUUUGUUCACAUAUUAGGAUUUUUUCCUUUUUUGUUAUAGCUCAAAUUAAAACU